AUGAAACUUACGGCCCUCUUCCUAUUCCUCUCAACAGCGUGUGCCGAGCACCAGCACCGCCGCGACACAGCAGGCAAUGGCAUCGACAUUGGCGCCGUCUCCAGCGCAUUAGCCCAAAUGACCGCCAACCAAACCGCCAGCGCCAACUUUGGCAACAUUUCCUCCCCGCCACGAUCCCUCAUCGGCGAAAUCCUCUCCGUCGUCCCAGUCUCCGUAAUCUGGGAACUGAUUAACCCAGAGCAGCGCAAAUCCCUCGCAAGCCAAUUCAACGCCGGCACCACACCAGCCUGGUACGAUGCGCUCCCCACCGAUGUUAAGAGCUACAUGUCUGUCGUGCGCUCGCAGAUCUCCGACGGUGCCUUGACAGCCACGACGGGCGCGUAUGCCAAAGCGGCAUCACCGACGCAGACGCAGACGCAAUUGCAGGCUCAAAGCACGUCUGAGACCGGGGCGGAUUCCCAGUCUGCGACUUCGACUUCGUCUAGUGCGGCUGCGCCGACGGAAUUGACGGUCUCGGUGAUGGGGGCGUUGGGUGUGCUGGGGCUUGCGUUGGCUUUGUGA